AUGCGUCAAAGUGUGUUGUCGCCUCGCGAGGCGACUACACAAUUUUGGCGUAAUUUUGUUGCAUUAUUAUUGGUGGCCCCACUAUGCAUAAAAACACAAGUACUAACACCAUCGCAAAUCACAAUUUCACAUCGGAAACCAAUUCAAGCCACUUCGACUUGUGGAGAGAUUAAUGGACAAUCGGUUAAUGAAGUUUAUUGUUCGUUGACUGGUGAGUUUAUGGAAGUUUUUUGGAGAGCGUUGUAUUUUCAAAACAAUUUCGAAAUCAAAUUUGCCACGUGGAUUUUUCAAAUUGUCAAAUCCACUUGGAAAAAUUUUUGGAAUUACUUUCAAAAGUCUGAUCAUCAUUUUUUCACGUGAAAUUUUAAAUUGUUUGCCAAAAUUUUUGGCCACGUGAAAUUUCAUUUCUUCAAAAAAUUUCGAUAAAAAUUGAGACCAGCAAGUUUUUUAAUCAAUUCUUUCUACAAACUUUCUCCAUGCUCCCGAAAAUCAUCUGAAAAUCUUGCAGGAUCUUCCCAAUACACUCCCCUGUCCUCCUACUCCUACAAAGAAGACGAGCAAUAUGACUCAAUGCAAGAGCUGCGAAAUCAACGAGAAGCCUUUGUUCAAGGUGGACAUGGUUGCGGUCAUUGUAUGGCUCAUAGUCAAAACUCUCACCCGGCUUCAAAUAUGGUUGAUGGAAAUAACAGUUGGUGGAUGUCUCCCCCACUUUCUCGUGGGCUUCAAUACAACGAGGUUAAUAUCACAAUCGAUCUCGAACAGGAAUUCCAUGUUGCCUACGUCUGGAUUCAAAUGGCCAAUUCGCCACGUCCUGGAAGUUGGGUUCUUGAAAGAUCAACAGAUCAUGGAAAAACCUUCUCACCAUGGUUUAAUUUUGCGGAAAAUUCGGCUGAAUGUAUGCGAAGAUUCGGAAUGGAAUCGCUUUCUCCAAUCAGUGAUGACGAUUCAGUCAUCUGUCGAACUGAUAUGGCUAGCUUGCAACCUUUGGAAAACGCUGAAAUGGUCAUCAGAAUCUUGGAGCACAGACCUGGCUCUUUGAAAUUCGCCACUUCCGAAGGACUCCAAAAUUUCACCAGAGCAACAAAUGUUCGAAUCCGAUUGCUUGGAACCAGAACUCUUCAAGGGCAUCAUAUGGAGACUGCACAAUUGAAAGAUCCCACAGUUACUCGAAGAUAUUUCUAUGCUAUCAAAGAAAUUAUGAUUGGUGGAAGAUGUGUUUGCAACGGUCAUGCUGUUACUUGUGAUAUUCUGGAUAUCAAUCGCCCAAGAUCACUUUUGUGUAGAUGUGAACAUAACACAUUCGGAGACAUGUGUGAGAAAUGUUUGCCUGGAUUCGAGCAAAAGAAAUGGCAACCAACAACUGCUCAUAAUAAUUUCACUUGCGAACCUUGCAAUUGUUUCGGAAGAUCGAAUCAAUGUGAAUAUGAUGAAGAACUUGAUAUCAAUAAGCAAUCUUUAGAUAUUCAUGGAAAUUAUGAAGGUGGAGGUCGUUGUUUGAAUUGUCAAUAUAAUACUGAAGGAAUUAAUUGUAACAAAUGUUCCUAUGGAUAUUAUCGACCUGAAGCUGCUGAUUGGAAUGAUCUUUCUCCAUGUUCACCAUGUGAUUGCGAUCCAGCUAAACAUACUGGAGCAUGUGCUGAAGGAACUGGAAAAUGUGAAUGUCAAGCAAGAUUUGAAGGAGAGAAUUGUGAUCGUUGCGCUAAGGGAUAUUAUGAUCCGCCAGAGUGUAGAUUGUGUGAUUGUAAUGUGAAUGGAACUCUUGGAGAAGUUUGCUUGGUAAGUUUGGGUUAGACUGAAAAACUCUUCCUAAUUGUAAGCCAAAAAUAAAAUUUGAAAAAAAUAAUACAUUUUAGUUUUUUCCAAACGUGAAAUUUAAUUUUCCACGUCACCAAAAACUUGGCUAAUUUUCCUAAUUUCCAAAAAUCAAUUCAUUUCUCAUUUUUACGUAAUUUCCAGCCAGAAAACGGUCAAUGCCCGUGUAAACCCGGAUUCGGCGGAAAAUUCUGCGACACUUGCGAUUCCGGAUUCACCAACGUCACCGCCGGUUGCGUCGAAUGUGUUUGCGACGAAAAAGGAUCGGAAAAUUCGAAUUGCUCGGCUUCGACUGGACAAUGUGAAUGUAAACCCGAAUAUGCCGGAUUAUCAUGUGACAAAUGUCAAACCGGAUAUUUUGGAGAGAGUUGUACUUGUGAGUUUUAUUGUUAGGCUGAAGGAAAGCCUAUAAAUAUUUUCUUUCAAAAAUCCAUGUUUUUCAGUCUGUAAUUGUGAUCCUGAUGGAACUGAAGGUGGAAUCUGCGAUCAAAACAGUGGACAAUGUUUGUGCAAACCUGGAUUCUCUGGAGAAAAAUGCGAGAAAUGUGACACCGCCUUCUACGGAUACCCCAACUGCAAACCAUGCGAUUGUGAUGGUGCUGGUAAAACAUCUUUGGAAUGCGACGCGACCUCCGGACAAUGUCCGUGCAACGGCAAUUUUACCGGAAGACAAUGUGAAACUUGUACCGCUGGUUUCUACGGAUAUCCAGAAUGUCGUGCUUGCGAAUGUUUGUUGUCUGGAGCCAAAGGACAAACCUGCGACAAUAAUGGACAAUGUUAUUGUAAAGGCAAUUUUGAGGGAGAACGAUGUGAUCGAUGCAAACCCAAUUUGUACAAUUUCCCGAUUUGUGAAGAAUGCAAUUGUAAUCCAAAUGGUGUUACACGCGAUUUCCAAGGAUGUGAUAAAGUGUCGCCGGGAGAACUUUGUUCGUGUCGGAAAAAUGUUGAUGGAAGAAUUUGUGACAGUUGUAAACCGACUUUCUGGGAUUUGAAAUAUCAACAUGAGGAUGGUUGUAUCAGUGAGUUUUUAUUUGUUGAAAUUUUCGAUUCAAGCUGGAGAUUUUCUAGAAUUCUUCAAAAAUUUCGAAUUUAAAUUCAUUUUCUCCUAGCAAAUUUUCUGAAUUUUUUCCACUUAAAAAAUCUAAAUUUUUAAAGAAAAUCCAGUUUCAACAAAAAACAAUUCUGAAAAAAAAUUCUCGAAAUUUCAGGCUGCGGCUGUAACACCAACGGAACAAUCUCCGGUCUCAACACCUGCGACCUCAAAUCUGGUCAAUGUUUGUGCAAGAAAAACGCCGGCGGAAGAACCUGCGAUCAAUGCGCUGAAGGAUUCUACCAACUCAACGCCUACAAUCAAUUAGGAUGUGAACCUUGUCAUUGUGAUGUUGGUGGAUCAAUUCGUCCCGAUUGUGACAUCAAAACUGGACAAUGUAAAUGUCGCCCAAGAAUUACUGGACUUCGAUGUGAUCGUCCUAUCGAAAAUCAUUAUUUCCCAACUCUUUGGCAUAAUCAAUAUGAAGCUGAAGAUGCGCAUACCGAAGAUCAAAGACCAGUCAGAUUUGCUGUUGAUGAAUCACAAUUCAAGAAUUACUCAUGGAGAGGAUAUGCGGUUUUCUCUCCAAUUCAGGAGAGAAUUUUGAUGGAUGUUGAUAUUAACAAGGCAUCGAUUUAUAAAUUGAUCUUCCGUUAUGUUAAUCCAACUGAUGUUCCGAUUAAUGCAGUUGUUUCGAUUGCACCAAGAUCUAGUCAAUCGCAAGAUGUUGAACAAAGUACCAAGGCUACUUUCGCUGCUGGUUCGAAAGAUCCCGCUUUCAAGGUUGUUGAAGUUGGAAAAAAUCAAGGAUUUGUGUUGAACCCAGGAAAAUGGACAUUAUCGAUUUCUACUAAACAACGACUUUUCUUGGAUUAUAUUGUUGUUUUGCCAAUUGAUUAUUAUGAUGGACAGAUUUUGAAACAAAGAGCUCCACAACCUUGUGUUGUUAACAAUCCAUCAAAUGUCACUUGCAUCGAUUCGAUUUAUCCACCAUUGCCAAAAGCUGAUCGUAUUUUUGCCGACACUGAAAAUAUGCCAUUCAACUAUGUCAACGAGGAUGGAUCUACAACUCCCCUUGAACUUGUGCCAAUUGAGAUUUUGCCACAUAAAGUAACCGGACCUGCUGCUUUUGUUAGAACUGAUAAUAGCAGUCGAGUUAUUGAGGGAAAAGUGAAUGUGCCAGAAGAUGGAGAAUAUGUUGUGAUUAUUGAAUAUCAUAAUCGAGAGAAAGAUAAUCAACGAGUUGGUGUGGAAGUCUUGCAGAAUGGAGAACUUGCGAUUAAUGGAAGCGCGAUCAUUCACAACUGCCCAUACACGUGAGUUUUUUUGAGUCAGGAAGUUUUAAAAGGAGUUUACUAAUUUUAAAUUUUUUAGAACCUUCUGCCGUGAAAUCGUCAGCGCAAAUGAUCAAAUCGCCGCAAUUCCACUCAAACAAGGAGAAGCCACAAUUCAUCUCAUCGUAAAUCCAAAUCAUGAAUUUGGUCUCGCCGCGAUCACAAUCCUCAAAAAAUCCGAUUUCAACAAUGAUCAUCUUCAUCAAGUUCCAGUUUGUAUUCGACACGGACCAGAAAGAUGUGAUGCGAUAACUUAUCCACCAGCUGCCAAUACCGCUCCAAUUGAAGCUGAAAUUGGAGCCAACGAGGCGAAAGCUUUGAGUGGAGAUAAGCUAUCUUUCCCAGUCGCUGGAUCAAGUGAUAUUUCGGUGGUUUUAUUGGAGGAUAAAGAAGGAAAUAUUGAGAUUAGUGGAGCUGUUCCUUCAAGAGGACAUUAUAUGUUUAUUAUCAAUUAUUUCAAUCCGGAUAAUGCGCCGAUCAAUAUUGAUGCAUUGAUUCAGAAUGAGCAUUUUCAACAAGGUGACUGUGGAAAAGCAUGCCCAUACAUAAAAUGGGUCCCCAGAAUUGGGGUGAGGGGCUUAACUUUUUUCAAAAAUCUGAAGGGAAGGGAGCCUAACUUGGCCAAUUUUCUGCUGAUAAUUUACCAAAAUUCCCAGAUUUGUCCAAAAUUCGCUCAAAAAUGUGAGGAAGGUGUUUAACUUUGGAAAAUGUUCAAGGAGGGACCCUAACUUUGAAAACUGACUCGGGGGACCUAUUUUAUGUAUGAGCAUGCCGUUUGUUUUUUUGCACUUUUUUUUUGGAAAAUUUUGAGCACCAUAAUUUAAAAAAAAAUUGACUGAAAAUUCCAAUAAUUUUAAAAAUUCGGUCGAAUUCUGAAAGUUUUUAUUUUUCUAAAUUUGAUAUGAAAAUUAAAAUAUGAAUUUUCUUGAAAUGGCUUUUUCACAAUUUCAACCAUUUUUAAAUUCUCAGUUUUUUUUUAGAAAUUUUCGAAAUAAAAAAAAAUCAAAAUUUCACAUUUUCAAUUUUUCCCAAUCACCUUUUGUCAUUUCCUCACACUAUCUCUCAAAAAUUUCCUAAUAUUUGUUUGUCCUAUUUUUUGCACCAUUUCAUUUCAUUUCCAGAUACUCAGCACUAUUAUUCCCAUUUUGUCUUCAAUGGUUCGUGUGUCCUUUUUUCUAAACUAGCACAGUUUUUGCACCAAAUCCUAACCCUAAUCUCUAAUCAGCUUUCUAACCCAUCUCAAAAUUUUCCCUCCUAAUUUGUUAUAUUUUCAGCUACUGUUCCUUUGGCUUUCUGUCCAUCUUCUGGAUGUCGCGCAUUGGUUUAUGAUAAAGAAAGACCAGAUCUCAAUCACUUUUUCAUUGAAAGCAAUUUCACAAUCACAUUCUAUCCAAACGCAACUCAAAAAGGACCAAUUUUCAUUGAUUCUAUAAUCGCCGUUCCUUAUAAUGUUUUCAAUCAAAAACUAAUGGAACCGGUGCCUUUGGAUAUGUCGGAAAGAUUCAAAAAAGAAUGCAACAAAGAAUAUUUCCGAAAUCAUCCGGAAGAAGUUUCGGAUUAUUGUAAGGAGAAGAUUUUUGCGUUGACAACGGAUUUCAAUUCGGCUGCGCUUUCGUGUGAUUGUGUGGCUCAAGGUUCGGAAUCGUUCCAAUGUGAGGAAUAUGGUGGACAAUGUCAAUGUAAAGCGAAUAUUAUUGGAAGACGAUGUGAGAGAUGUGCGCCGGGUUAUUAUAAUUUCCCAGAAUGUAUCAGUGAGUUUUUUUUAGGAGUGAGGGUUUUGGGUGGAAAUAUUUGAAAAGUUGCCUUCUUUCAUGUUUGAAUUAUGAAAAAAAAAUUGAUGAAUUUUCAUAUUUUUUUAAAUUUUGGUUGAUUUUUUUUCCAAUACCCAUAAUUCAAUUUUGAAAGUAUAUAAAGAAAUGAUUUUAAAAUAUAAAUUGCAGAAUGUUCUUGCAACUCUGGCCAACAAUGCGACGAAAGAACCGGUCAAUGUUUCUGUCCUCAACACGUCGAUGGAUUGAAUUGUGAAAAAUGUGUGAGCAACGCUUUCGGCUACGAUCCUCUCAUCGGAUGUCAAAAAUGCGGUUGCCAUCCACAAGGUUCUGAAGGUGGAAGACUUGAAUGCGAUGCUGAAAGUGGACAAUGUUUGUGUAGAGAAUCAAUGGGUGGAAGACAAUGUGACAGAUGUUUGGCUGGAUUCUACGGUUUCCCACAAUGCUACGGUUGCACUUGUAAUCGCGCUGGAACAACUGAUCAAAUUUGCGAUGCCACAAAUGCUCAAUGCACAUGUAAAGAAAAUGUGUAUGGUGGACGGUGUGAAGCUUGUAAAGCGGGAACUUUUGAUCUAUCGGCUGAAAAUCCAUUGGGAUGUGUGAAUUGUUAUUGCUUCGGUGUUACUGAUAGCUGUAGAUCGAGUAUGUUCCCGGUUUCGAUUUUACCAGUUGAUAUGUCUGCUUUCUUGACAACUGAUGAUAGUGGAAUGGUUGAUAAUAAGGAUGAUACUGUAGUUUAUACAUCUGAGGAAGGAUCGCCGGAUUCAGUCUACUUUGUUGUUCCAAUUGACACAUCUAAAGAUUAUACAACAAGUUAUGGAUUGGGAAUUAGUUUCACUCUUCAAAAUACACCAAGAGGUGAUAAGAAGCGAAUUAAUUCUGAUGCCGAUGUUCGAAUUAGUGGAGCAAAUAAGACUGUUGAAUGCUGGAGUUCGGAAGCACCAACUAAUCCAGAAGAAACAUUCACUGUCAAGUGUGUGUUGGCAGCUGAGAACUUUAUGAAUCUCGAAGGAAAACCGGUGACAAGAGAGGAUUUGAUGAAGAUUCUUCAUUCUCUUCAAAACAUCACAAUCAAAGCUUCAUAUUUCAAUAACCCGAAAACAAGCACACUUCAUGAAUUUGGACUCGAAGUUUCGAAUCCGAAUGGCGAAGCUUCGGUUAUCAAGGCGUCGUCUGUUGAACAAUGUCAAUGUCCUGCUCCAUAUACUGGACCUUCUUGCCAACUUUGUGCAUCUGGAUAUUAUCGAAUUCAAUCGGCUGGAAACUUCUUGGGUGCUUGUGUUCCUUGCGAAUGCAACGGACAUUCUGGAACUUGCGAUCCGAAUACGGGAAUCUGCACAGAUUGUGAACAUAAUACUCACGGGGAUCAUUGUGAGUUUUGCGACGAAGGUCACCACGGAAAUGCUACAAAUGGAAGUCCGUACGAUUGUAUGCCUUGUGCUUGCCCAUUCGCUCCAACCAACAACUUCGCAACAGCUUGUGAUGUAUCCGAAGAGGGACAAACUCUUCAAUGUUAUUGUAAACCUGGAUAUACUGGAGAACGUUGCGAUCGAUGUGCGGCUGGAUUCUUUGGUCAGCCUGGAGUUCCCGGUGGAUCUUGUGAACCUUGUCAAUGUAACAACAAUAAUAAUUUGACUGAUUCGAGAUCUUGUCAUCCGGUAAGUGGAGAUUGUUAUCUCUGCGAGAAUAACACAGAUGGACGGCAUUGUGAAUGGUGUGCUCAAUGGUAUCACGGAGAUGCUAUUGGGGCUAGAAAUUGCUCGAGUUGCUCUUGCGAUCAAUGUGGAAGUCAAGUUUGUGAUAAUAGAAAUGGAGGAUGUGCCUGUAAACCAAAUGUCGAAGGAGAUGAAUGUGAUCGUUGUGCACCAGAUCAUUGGGGAUUCUCAAAAUGUCGCGGGUGCGAGAGAUGUAAUUGUGGAACUGCCGCAUUCAAUUCACAAUGUGAUGGCGAAAACGGACAAUGUACUUGUCGACCAGGAGCUGCCGGAUCGAAAUGUGAACAUUGUGAACAUGGAUAUUGGAAUUAUGGAGAACACGGUUGUGAGAAAUGUGAUUGUGAAUCAGAUCUCUCACUUGGAACGGUUUGCGAUGUUCGAACUGGACAAUGUCAAUGUCAAGAAGGUGCGACUGGUCCAAGAUGUGAUCAAUGCCAUCCAUCGUAUUUGAGAAUUCCGACAAUGGGUUGUAGACGUAAGAUUUUUGAAUAAUUUUCAAAUUAAGAUUAACAAUUUUUGCUUAUUCUAGGUUGUGACGAAUGUGUUCAUCAUUUGAUUGGCGACGUCGAUAAUCUCGAAUUGGAAAUUGAAAUUCUUGGAACAUCCAUUGGAAACAUCUCAUCGGCUACAAUUGUUGGUGCAAGAUUAGCGAGAAGCAAAAAAGAGUUGGCGGAUAUUGGGGUGAGUUAAAUUACACUUCUACUCUCAAAACAAAUCUGUGUUUUUUCCAGGAAGUUGAAAAAUUGUUGAACGAUGAAGAAAGCAUGUUUGGAAAUGUUUUCGGAGAUGCUGCUGAAGUUUUGACGAAUGCCACACAAGUUGUUCAUAAAGUUGAUAGAAUCGGAUCAUUGGCAAAUAUUCAAUCACAAAAAUCACAUAAUCUUACCACUGAUGGAGAUGCGAUAUUCAGAGAUGUCAUCACAAAAUCUGAAAGAGCUCGACAAUCUGUCAGAAAUCUUUUGGAUAUUGCAAGAUCUAUUGGAUCCUCUUCAUCUGCUGUUAAUGUUGAUACAAAAUUGAUCGAAGAAGCGCAAUCUACGUUGAAUGAAUUGGAAUCUGCAUCAGCGACACCGCAAUCAGAAAAAGUUGAAAGUGUGCCGAAAAAGAUUGCUGAAAUCAAUGAGAAGAUUUCGGGAGAAUCAGAUAGACUGAAAAUGUUGGGAGAGAAAGUUGAGAGUGAAAAGAAUAAGACGGAACAAUUGGCUGGAUAUUUGAAUAGUGCACAACAGAAAUUGAAGAAAACUGAAGCGGAAUUGAGAAAAUCAGAGACGGUGAGAUUUUUGGAGGUCCCUAAUGAUCCUAUUUUUGCCAAGUUAUAAGUUAUUUUCAAAUUUUCUCAUUUUCCAGGCCUCAAAAGUUGCUCAAGUCAACAAAAUCACCAACAUGGUCGCCGCAAUCAAUGCGGAUAUGAAAAAAGUGGACACAUUGAACAAUGAUUUGAACAACACCCAACUCUCGAUUCAAAAUUUGACCGAAUCCAACAAUGAACUUCGCGAGCAACUCAAUCUUGAAACCGCCAAUUUGAAUGAAACUAGAACUGAAAUUUCCGAAGCGAUGGAAGCAACAAGAAGAGCAAAACGAGAGGAUGAAGAAGGAUAUAGACAAGAAUUGAUUCAGAAAGCUGGAGAACUUCGUGGAAAAUCAGCUGGUUUGAGAGAUCAAUUUGAUUCUGAUCGAGUUGAGAGAGAAAGAGCAUUUGCUGCCACUAAUGCCUAUUCGGAUUUGAGCCAAACUUUGAAAAAUGCGACAAAUGAAGCUGAAGCUGCUAUUGAAGUUGUUAAGAAGGAAGGAGAGGGAUUGGAAGAUCUCAAAACAUCUCUCAAGAAUACUGUCGAGGAAACCGGAAAAACACUGAAAAUCAAGGAUGAAUUAAAGGUUGCAAAUUUGUUGAAAGAUGUUGAGAAGGUUCAGAGAGAAAAUGAUGAAUUGGAUGAAUAUGUGAGAGAUUUGCAAAGAAGAAGAGAUAAUUUGAAUUUGGCCAAGAACGAGAAUUCAGAAUUGUUCGAAACGAUUUCCGAAAAGACCAAGGAAGUUGAGAAGGUUUUGGAAAAUGUUGGAGAAGAUCAAGAUCAAGAGAAGAUUGCAUCAUUGAAAAAUGAGGCGCAAAAAGUUUCGGAUAGACGUGCUGAAGCGAUUGAAGGAAUUGUUAUUGCUAGAUCAAAUGUUGGAGAGUUGAAACAAGUUACACCUGGAUUAGUUGCGGCAAUUGCGGUUCUCAAAUCGAAUACUCAAGAAAAGACAGCGAAGUUUGACGCAGUUGCAGAAAAAGUUUCGCAAAUUCGCGAGAAAAUUGCUGUGGCCAGAGAUGCUGCAAAUCGCAUUAAACUUGGAGCUCAUUUCGAACGAGGAUCCUCUCUUAACUUGAAGGUUCCACAAAGAGUUACAAGAAGUGCUGCACAUACCGAUGUUUCUUUCUAUAUUCGAACUGAACAAGAGCAUGGAAUUCCAUUGUUCUUUGGAAAUGAGGAAAAUGUUGUUGGAAGUCGUGCGGUACCUACUGAUGAUUUCAUUGCUGUAGAACUUGAAUACGGUCGUCCGAAGGUUACUGUUGAUCUUGGAGAUGCGCCGAUUGUUGUUAAAUUGGACACACCUAUCAAUGAUAAUCAAUGGAGACGGAUUCAUGUUGAAAGAAUUGGAAAGACUGUGAAUGUGACUAUUUCGAAACCGAAUAGUGAAGAAUUAGCAGAAACGAAGAAUGCGGUGGCUGUUGGAAAUAAGAGUGUGUUGAAUUUGCAUCAGGAUAUUUCGAAAUUGUAUGUUGGAGGAAUUCCGAGAGGAGCACAGGUGAGCGGAGUUUUGAAUAUUUUUACAAAUUGAAAAAAAUAGCAUACAAGAUUUUUAAAAAUAUCGCAUUUUGCAGAUCUCACGUGAUAUCUACAACCGCGAAUUUGUUGGAGACAUCGAACAACUGAAAUUACACGGUGAACCAGUCGGACUCUGGAAUUCGAAUGAUAAUGGAGCCACAAAUGUUCAAGGAGCUCUGAAACGGCCCAAGUUUGCUGAUAGCGCUGAUGAAAUGUCGAUUUCAUUAGGUGGAGAAGGAUAUACAAGUUAUAAACCAAAUCAUUGGAAUCCAAGAAAGGUUACGAAGAUCACUUUGUCUUUCUUGACUUUCUCACCGGAAGGAUUAUUGUUCUUUGUUGGAAAGGAUGUAAGUUUUUGAGAUCGGAAAGCCCGGAAAUUACGAAUUGUUUGAAUUCGCUGUUUUGAAAAUUAAAAAAAAAUAGUUUAAAAAAAUGUUUCUAAAAAAAAUAUUCCAUUAAUUUUCAGCGCGAUUUCAUGUCCCUUGAACUCUCUGAAGGAGCCGUCAAACUUUCAACAGAUCUUGGAUCUGGAGUUGGACAAUGGACCAGUGAAACUUCGAAUUAUAAUGAUGGAAAAUGGCAUACUGUAUCAAUUGUCAGAGAAGAAAAACACGUGAAAAUGCAAAUUGAUGGAGAAUCGAGUAGUUCUUUGGAGGGAGAUGUUCCUGGAAAAGAUACCGAAAUGUCAGUCACUGAAUUCUUAUAUAUUGGAGGAAUUCCAUCUGGAAUCAAUGUGAGAACUACAGUUGUGCCACUUCGUGGAUGCAUCAAAUCUGUUCGGUUGGGUUCGGAUGAAGUGGAUUUGGAAAAUAGUCAUGCUUCAAAGGGAGCUAGAAGUGGAUGUCCGAUUAAUACUGUUAGAACUGUUUCGUUGUUAUCUGAAAGAACUUUGGCCAGUUUUGCAAAUAUCACUAAAUCUGGAGAAGAUGUUUCAGUGACAUUUAAAUUCAAAACCAAGGCAAUCAACAAUCCUUCAACUAUUUUUGCCAUCAAUGAUGAUGAAGACGCAGUUUUGUCUAUGACAAUUGAUUCCAAUGGAAUUUUGACAGCUAAAUCUGGUGAAGAUAGUGCAACUCUUGAAUUGGCAGCAUCACCGGAUGAGAAAUGGCACUAUGUAUCAGUUAGAAAAUCGAAAUCAUCGAUUAGAAUUGAUGCUGAUGAUUCAUUCUCCAAUGAAGUUUCGAGAAAACAUCAAGAUGAAUCGAACACAGAAGUUUUGCUUUCUGCUGAAUUCGGAAAAGCAACUGAAGACGCAAGUUCGUUUGUUGGAUGUAUUGGAGAUGUUACGCUAAAUGGAAAAUUGCUCGAUUUUGCGCAGGCAACUAUUAAAGAAGUUGCAUUGAAUGGUUGUUCGUUGAGAGAAGACGAAUUUAUUAGCAAGGUAAAUUUUGAAUAUUCAAUUUUUCUAGAUGAUUAAUCAAUUGAUUUUAGGCCUCCACGACUACAACUACCACAACUGAAUCACCAGAAGAUCGUCGAGUUUUACCGCAGGAUUUAGAAGAAGAAGAAAACAAUGCUGAAGUUACCACAACUCCAGAGCCAACUGAGCCACCAACUGAGCCACCAGCAGAGGUAAGAUUUUUUGAAUCGAAAAAAUUUUGAGAUUUGGAAAGCUCUAUAUUUGAAAAAAACUUCAAGUUUCAAUAAAAAAUAACAGGAAUCUACAAAUCCUCCAACCGAAGACGAAUUUGUAUCAAUUUCUGAAAAACCGGACGUAAGAAAUGCUAGACUUUUUCCUAUGUUUCUCCCUUUUUACUUCUACUUUCUAACUUUCUCUAUAUUUUUAGUUCUUAACAUUUUCGGCUUCUUUUUUUUCGGUUGUGAAAAUUGGAAUUGUUCCAAUUUUCAGCUCAAUUUUAACCCAAAUAUAUAAUUUUUUUGAAUUUUCAGCCAAUUCCUGAGGGAUCUUGCGGUUUGCCACUAAACCCAGCCAAAGAAAUCUUUGAUGCUGAUGGACACCAUUUCGGAACUGAAUUGCACAGUCGAAUUGAAUAUGCUGCGCUUCCAGAUGCAAUUGAUAAAAGUUCGGAAUUCACUUUCAAAAUCAGACCGACUGCAUUAAAUGGACUUGUGUUUAUUGCGACAAACGGAAGAACCGAUCAUAUUUCAGUGUAUUUGGAAAAUGGAAGAGUGAUGUUCAGUUUUGAUAGUGGAGCAAAUAAGAAUUCGCGAGUUUUGAUUGCCUCUGAUUCGUCAAUUUUGGAUGGAAGAUGGCAUUCGAUUAAGGUUUCGAGACGUGGAAAUUCGGCACAUUUGAUUGUUGAUGAUUCGAGUUUCGAACCGAAUAGUGAGUUUUUUGGAGUAAAUUUUAACUAGGAAAUAUUUUAAGUUUAGGAAAUAUUGAAUCUUCAAUUUGUCUUCAAAAUUCAUAUUAUUUUUUCCAGCCACUAUCGCCACCCACAAUGACGAUUUAAUUGAAACUGUGCCACCAUUCUUCCUUGGUGGUUUGCCAACUGAUAUUCUUAUUUUCGCCAAAGGACUUUCGCAAAAUAUGCGCGAACAAUUCAGUGGAUGUAUUCGAGACUUCCGAUUGAAUGGAAAAAUUUUGACUGGUGGAAAUGAGAUUGGUGUUGCACAAUGUUCUGAAUAUCAAGAAAGAGGAUUGUAUUUCGGAAAAGAUGGUGGAUAUGCGAUUGUUGAUAAGAAUUUCAAUGUUGGCGCAGUCUUCGAGAUUGAAUUUGAUAUCCGACCAAGAUCUAAAAAUGGAUUGAUUUUGUCUGUUGGAAACUCUGAUUUUAUUAAUCUUGAACUUCAAGAUGGUAACAUCACACUUACCGCGAAAACAGCCGAUACUAAAUAUUCAACCCAAUUUGUUGUUCCCAAUAGUAAUUUCUUGUGUGAUGGACAAUGGAGUCGAAUUUUGAUCAAAAAACGAAAUAAGCUUAUCAAUUUAUCGGUGAAUAAUAAAAUGAAUUUGGCGGUUCUUAAGAAGGGAAAUGUGAUGAAUACAAAUGCACCAUUAUACAUUGGAGGAGUGCCAAAAGGUGCACAGAAUGAUGGUGUCAAAUCGACUGAACCAUUUGUUGGAUGUAUGCGAAUUGUUCGAAUCGGUGAGAAGCCGAAGGAUAAGAAGAUUCGAAGAAAGAAGGAUUUGGAUUUCAUGAGAUUUGAGAUUGAAGGAGAUGUUUCAAAGAGUGGAUGUCCAAUUAUCUAA